UCUCCAACAAAACAUGUAAGGAGGGUUUUCUCCUCCUCCCCCUCUCUCCUCUCUCUCUACCCCUAUCUCAUCUCAAAUCCUCCAUUUUUCCUAGGGUUUCUUCCAAUCUCACCUCCAAACUUCACAAUUCAACCCAAAACACUUCAAGAUCUCCCUCGGCAAAACAAGCGAUGCAUUCGGGUUUCGAAAUCACCGGCAUCCACCACCCGCAGCAGCAGCAGCAGCAGCAACCCGACAACCCGCUUCUACUGUCCAUGAACCCGACCCAUAUGCUCGACCAAAUCCACACCUCCCAACAACCGCUACUCCUCCCACCCCACUACCCCCCCUCCCCCUUCUUCCCCCUCAACUUCAAGCUCGGCCUCAACGAGGUUGGCGGCGGCGGAGAUGGCUUGCUCCGUGGGAGUCAGCAAUACCACCUGCCCGAGGCCCGACAAUCCUCUCUCGGAAUGCUCCACUCACAAUUUUGGGAACCCCUUCCAGCAGAAGCAUCCAAUGAAAACAGUGAAAUAGCUAGGCGGAGGGAAAAUCUAGCGACCUGUUUGGACGCGAAAAAUAGAGCACAUUUCAGCGAGCUGGAAGCCGUGUACAAACGUCACGGCAAUGCUGAAUCCACCCAAACAGCCCCUAACUUAACACCACUCCCCGAAGAGGAACCUUCGAGAACCAAAGCGAAGAAGACGAAGAGGAAGAAGAAGAAAACGACGGAUUCGGAUUCGGAUCCGCAGAAAUUCACUCCGAUGGAGGAAUUCUUCGAGAAUUUAGUGAAGCAGGUGCUGGAGCACCAGGAGAAUCUGCAGCGGAAAUUCACGGAGGUGAUCGAUCGGCUGAGCGAGGAGCGGAGGGCGAGGGAGGAGGCGUGGAGGAGUCAGGAGCGCGCGCAUCUCGAGCGCGAGGCGGCGGCGAGGGCGCGCGAGAAGGCGAUGGCGAAGAGCCGCGAGGCGACGAUCGUUUCGUAUCUGGAGAAGAUCACGGGACAGCGGAUUAAUAUGCCGGCGGCGGAGGCGGAGGCGAACGCCAGCGACGACUCGAAUUGCGGAGGCGGAGAGGAUCGAGAUCGGGAUUGAGGGGAGUGAUUUGAGCUGGUAAAUUAAAAUGCGCUUUUUACGGUUUGCAGAAGAAUCGCUGUUUUGUUUUUGUAAUGUAGAAAUUUAGGCGAAGAUGAGAACUCAUAAAAAUUUAACUGACUAUUAAUAACGUUUAGUUUA